AAAGGCUUCGUCGUUGACAGUGGGACGGGGAUCCGAGAUGGGCAGAAUGUCUCUGGCUGCUUAUUGUGUGGUUUGCUAUAGAAAGAUAGGAACUUUAGGUUCAACAUGGAAAGUUGAUCAAUCAUGGAAACAUAUCAGAAAAAUUGUGAAGUUAACUGGCUCACUUAUUCUGGGUGGUUGUAUAUUUGCUACUUAUGAAGUUUUGACUUUAAGAAAAUUAUUCAGUUUUGAUACCCAAGUGGUACAGCAAGAAAAACUGAAAUCCUACAUCUACUUGCGAACAGUUUCUUUAGAUCAAAGUGAUUAUCAAGGAAUCAUAUAUCAAGUGAGAAAGAAGCUUCACCGAGCAGCCAAAAAAAUUAUAGAAAUGCAUGCUCGAAUUUUCCAGAAGCCCUUUGAUGAACGCUUCAGUACACUUGAUGCAGAAGAGCGUGAUUAUGCCUUGUGGCUGCUUGUGAAAAGAAGUCAAUCAAAUGAUAAAAUGGUCCGAUUACAAGCUGUGCAGGAAUUGGCCGCCAAUCGUUACUGGCAUGAUUAUCAAUACAGGACUGUUGCCCAAACAAGCGACCAGAGAACUGCUGUUGCUUUAGCUCGGUGUGAAGAUGUUGAUCUGCGAUUUUUCCUGCCUCCUCAUCUUUUACUGAAACCAAAAGAUACUUGUUGCUUAGAAGAUGAACUUCGACUGCUUUUGGCAGCUUUACCUCAAAAAGAUCUUGAUCAGUGUGUACAGUAUUUUACCUCUUUAGCUUUAAGAGAAAGCAGCCAGACCAUCGCUGCCCAAAAGGGAGGCUUGUGGUGUUUUGGAGGUAAUGGGCUUCCAUACUGUGAAAGUCUCAGUACCAUACCUGCAAAGACAGUGGAACUCUUUUGUUUGCAAGCUUUAGUAGAACAUUCCAAGAUUCCUAGCCAUUGUAAUAAAAUUGAAGCAAACAAGGGACUUCAACUCUUGCAAAAACUGUAUCACCUCCAUAGAGAUUCUCGCAAGAUACAAAGAAGUAUCAUUCACAUAAUUGGAAAUAUGGCACUAGAUGAACGUCUUCAUGCAUCGAUAAUACGUGCAGGAUGGGUUUCUAUACUGGCAGCUAUGAUGAAGUCUUCACGCGUCAUGGAGUCCUCUCAUGCUGCAAGAGCCUUGGCUAAUCUGGAUAGGGAAGUGCUACAAGAAAAGUAUCCAGAAGGUGUAUACAUUUUACACCCACAAUAUCGAACCAAUACCAGUGAGCCCAUUAAAGCCGAUGUCCUUUUUGUUCAUGGCCUUUUGGGAGCAGCAUUUAAAACAUGGAGACAACAGGACCUUGAGUACUCUACAGAUGACAAAGACAUGGAUGCAGAAGAUGACUACAGCGAAUGUUGGCCAAAAACUUGGUUAGCAUCUGACUGCCCAUCGCUUAGAAUUAUUUCUGUGGAAUAUGAUACCCACCUUAGUGACUGGAGAACAAAAUGUCCUGUAGAGAGCUACAGAGAAUCUCUUGCAUAUCGAAGUACUGAGCUUCUCAAGAAACUAAGAGCUGCUGGCAUUGGAGACAGACCUCUCAUAUGGCUGUCGCAUAGCAUGGGCGGUCUUCUGGUCAAGAAAAUGCUGCUGGAUGCUUCCAUGGACCCCGAAAUGGCUUCCAUAGUGGACAGCACACGGGGAAUUGUAUUUUAUAGUGUUCCUCACCAUGGCUCCCGGUUGGCUGAAUAUUCCGUAAAUAUCCGAUUUCUGCUCUUCCCUUCUGUGGAAGUCAAAGAGCUCAGCAAAGAUUCGCCUGCCCUUAAAGCACUGAAUGAUGACUUCAUCUCAUUUGCCAAGAAUCAGAACUUUCCAGUAUUAAGCUUUGCGGAAACUUUGCCGACACGAGUUGGCAGAAUGCUGAGUCUGCAUGUCGUGCCAGUGGAAUCUGCAGAUUUAGGCAUUGGAGAACUCAUUCAGGUAGAAGUUAGCCAUCUCAACAUUUGUAAACCAAAGAACAAAGACUCUUUCCUGUAUCAACACACCUUAAAGUUUAUUCAAGAUUCUCUAAAAAAGGAGCUGGGAAAUCAGUGAGUGGCAACACUGUGCAUAUUUGUUCUUUUACUGGAACAAUUCACCAACUUUUCUUUGAAUCUGAGCCCUUACUGGCAAGGCAGCUGUUUUAUUACAGUCAAGCUGAUUUUUAACAUUGCCUAAUGGCAAACUGCGGGUGCAUUUCUGGUGUUGGAUAUUGUACAAAGCAUUUUUGUUCAUUUUGAGUUCCAUUUAAUGCUUGACAACAAGGAAACAGUUAUCUGAGCUCCUAGGUCUUUUCACUGCUUUGUAAACAUGUGUUUUUUUACCUAAAAAGAUCUUCAUUCUCUGCUCAAUAUAGAAAGCAAGCUGCUAUGCCAUGAAUGAUUAUGCUAUACUACUUUGUUCAGUCACUGACGCUAGGCGGGUGGGGACACUUGACCCCUGUAUAUAUCGUGCAUACUGGAGAGCAAAUACACUAAUGCCAUAAAUCUACUCUCCUAUGCUGAUGUACUUAUACACCCACAUUGCACGAUAUCAAGUUCUUUAUGGACAUUCUGAUAUUUUAAAUAUAAUAGAAAAUAUGUGUAAUGACAAAUGAAUCUGCACCCUAGCCUGUAUUUGCAGCUGGAUGCAAACAGAAAACAAGGGUAUACUGUAAAUGUGCUACUGUAUAGUGUUUGGAAAGCUAUUACAAGCCCAUAACUAUUUACUCCAAAGAACUGAAGCAAUUUCUUGAUUCCACGAUGACAGAUUUUCCUGUGGUCAGUUUAUAACCAAAAUGCCUCAUGAAGUAAAAAAAAUAUAUUCAGAAUUGUUGUUUGAUUCUGCAUAAAAGGCCGGAUUAGUCAAGGGAGCACUCACUUGAGAUGAAUCAGAAUUAUGUCUUUUUACCACUUAAAUUUUUGCAAAACUCAGAAGAUAAAAUUCAGUCUCAAUGUAAUCUGAAUAGCCUGCCAAAUAUAUAUUGCAAUAUUGAAAAUGCGAAACACUCCAGGAGGGUAGAAAGUCUUCCCUUUGGCUGGUGCCAUUUAAGUAUUUUGAAUCUUCAAUAAUAUAAUGUAUAAAGCAGUUGUUCAGUUCCAACAUGAAACCAAA